AUGCUAUCGCACAGGUGGGAAGGGAAGGAGGCGCUGCUGCAGGAUAUUCAGGACAGGUCUGUCUUUGAGCUGAAUCCAGUUGGUGGCAUGUUGAAAUUGCAGUCCUUCUGCAAAACUGCUCAUGAUUUGGGUUAUCACUGGGCAUGGAGCGAUACAUGUUGUAUUGACAAGAGCAACAAUGUUGAAAUCCAAGAAUCGGUCAACUUCAUGUUUGUCUUGUACCACCAUUCAGCACUUACCAUCAUCUACCUAUCCAAUGUU